UUCAUCAAACCUUAUCACUUUGCACGACCAUUAUUCUGAAAAACAGAGAGAAAAGAAAACCAAAAACCAUUUCUUGGCUGGUUUGAAGAAAUUAUAAGGAGAUCCAAGUGAAAGCAAAGCCAAAGAAGUAGAUUAAGCUUAGUUCUAGCCUUUUUAUGAUAUUUCUUGGGGUUUCCAAGUGGUUUGAGGUUUAGAAAAGCUUGAAGAGAUUGUCUUCGCCGAAAAGUUGCUCGGAUAAGCACAUCAAUACCUAAGACACCACUUGUUACACGGUGAACUAUAUUUUGGACAAAAGAUAUAUAAUAACACAGAUGGAUCAUGAACAUGGAAUGGGGGCUACUGAAGGCUCUUGCAACAAUAAAUAUGAACAAGAAAUGGCUCAACUUCGAGCGGUAGUGAAUAGACAGGCUGAACAAAUUGAGAAGUUGUUAGCAGAACAACGACAAAGGCAAGCACCAACACCACCUAUUGAAACUCCAACACCUCCACAAGCUCCACCUGUAGUGCACCCCAUGGAACCAUUAUAUGAACGGUUCCGAAAACAACGCCCACCAGUAUUUGAAGGUAGCACUGACCCACUUGACGCACAAGACUGGAAGAGUUCUUUAGAAGACAUCUUUGAGUUCAUGCAACUAAGUGACAGGGAAAAAGUUUCUUGUGCUGCACAUACACUUAAAAAGGAUGCUAAGAUCUGGUGGGAAGUGGUUAAGCAGACUAGAGAAGUGAAUCAGAUGACUUGGGCAGAAUUUGAACUGGUCUUCAACGAAAAGUUUUAUAAUGAAGCUAUGUUGACUGCUAAAGUAAGUGAGUUCACUAGAUUGCAACAGGGGAAUCUUUCAGUGGCUGAGUACGCCAGGACAUUUGACCGGUUAGCCAAGUUUGCACCAGACUUGGUUAACACUGAAACUAGUAGAGUGAAUCGCUUCCUGGAGGGUCUACAACCAGAAUUGGCUAGAGAUGUAGAUAUGGGACGUACAGGGCCUCUUUCUUAUGCUCAGGCUGUGGAGAAAGCUUUGAGAGCUGAACACAGAGAAGAAAAGAUAACAAAAGCUAAAGCUGCUACUAGCAUGCCUCGUAGAGACACUCCAUUCAACAAAGAACAAAGCCGCUUUCACAAUGACAACAAAAGAGGGGCCCAGAAUUUCCAAUUUAGACAAGGACAGAAUAAGAAAUUUAAAGGAGGUCAGCAAAACAGGCAAUCUGGAUUCCAACAAAUGCCACGAUGUCAAACUUGUGGAAAGAAUCAUUUCGGGGAGUGCAGGCUUUUAACUAAAAGCUGCUUCAAAUGUGGCAAGGGGGAUCAUUUUAUCAAAGAUUGUCCAUUGAUGAAGAACCAACAAAUGAAGGAUGAACCUCAAAGGACAAAUGCUAGGGUGUUCACGAUUACUCAGGCUGAUGCUGAUACCAACAACUCUGUUGUGUCAGGUGAUAUUUUUGCAUCUGGUAUUCUCACUCAUGCAUUAAUAGAUUCAGGUGCCACACAUUCAUUUGCAUCAUUGACAUAUGCAAAAAGCUUGCUGUUCCUGCUCGGCGAAUUGGGUGCCCAAGCCCAAAUGGUUCAUUAG